AUGACUACAAACAACCUUACUGAGCAUAUGCAUAAAAUGGUAGAAGCACGACGUAGUGGGACACAAACGGUUGUUUCAUUUAUUGAACGUUUGUAUGGCAUUAAAAUUCUUCGAGAUUCAUUAGUUCAAAAUGAACUUGGUGAAACCUUAUUUAAUACAGGUUUGGUAACGUAUUGGAAUAUGCAUACAAUCGAACAUAAGCAAUUUCCACACAAAAAACCAAUUGAUGAAAACGUCGAAUCAACCAAGGUGGCAGAACUAACUAAAAAAAUUGAUGCAAUGAUUACUAAGUUAGUAAACUGUAAUGAUAUUAAUAUCCCAGCUAAUUAUUAUCUUGUUAAUAUGUUAUCUGGAGAGUGCACAUGUUAUGAUUAUAUUUGGAGGAGUUCAUAUCAUGAUAUCUGUAAGCACGUCUAUGCGGCAAGAUUAUAUAUAGAAUUAUUACAUAAAAGAUUACAAGUGCAAGAUGUCAAACAGAGCCUAGUAAAGCAUUUUAAAA